AUGGUCAAGCUUACCGAGGUCGAGGACGAGCACUUCGUCGAGAAGCCCAUGGGCACCAAGAACGAUGCUCUGCUGCUCUCCGAUGACGAGGAUGAUUACACCGACACUGACUCCGAGAUCUCUGAUGCCUCAGACGAUGAGCUCGAGGAGGAGACCAUCUACGACCGUAUCUCUGCCUUGAAGGACAUGGUUCCCCCCUCCGCCCGCCACACUGUCACCAGCACCGUCGACACUAUCACAUCUUUCGGCAAGGCUAGUCUGUCAUUUAGCGGAAAGGCUCUCUGGAUCAUCAGCACCAGCGCUUUCCUCAUCGGUGUCCCUUGGGCUCUUGCCUACGCUGAGGAGGAGCAGUACAUCCAGAUGGAGCGUGAGCAGGGUAUGAUCAAGGGUGCCAACGAGAUGCUCACCCCUGGCUCCGAACCCGAGAAGAAUGAUGCUGCUCAACAAAUUCUGUAA